AUGAUGAAAGCAGCUUCUACGCACGCAUGGUUCCCCCGUCACCAUCUUGGACCCCCAUCCUCUCCUCCUUUCACACCGUACGCUCCAACUCCAGCAGCCAUUCUUUCGUUCACUUCUUUCGUGGAGGGCUUACGACACGACAAGCGACUACUGUCACCGGAGGGCCCGCGGGAGUUCGUCCAUUUAAGAACAGGCUCGCUAGAAGACGAGUCUCGCGUCGUCCCCAUCGCGCGCUCGUCGAAUCCAGCUGCGUCGCAUGUAGUAGGGAGACAUUCAGGGCCGCAAAUGACGGCCGGAAUCUGCGGCGGAGGCUCGUCAGAAAGCCAGGUGUCACCGAACAGCGCUUUGUCGCCGAUUAAGAGUAGUAGCAGUUCGAGCGGUGGUGCUUUGCCUCCGACGGGCGGCGAUGCGCUUCACUCGGCGGGAAAGCCGGUAGUUAUUCGGAAACGCGGUGACGCCUUCGACGAUUCGCAGCUAUUUCCGUCCGCACGAGCGUCUCCAUCGCAGCAUCAAUCUGACUUCACCGCGCGUCGUUCUUUGGACAUUUCAGCAACCAGCCAAUCAAGGCCCGCUUGCGUGGCGACAUCUGAGGCGCCGGUUCCAGCUGGCGGCUCGGUAGCGCGCCGAGUGUGGACAGACAGCGACACGUCAGCAGCACCAGCACCAGCAGCAGCAGCAGCAGCAGCAGAGCCGCGCGGCCAAUCAGCAUCAUGGGCUAACAAUCUCGGAUGUAAAGCGGACCAGCUUGUAAACCUCUACCCGCAAUUCAGCUCUCAGGGAAUCCGUUUCAGCGCGUCGCACGAAUCUCAAGACUGGCUGCAUGCUCAAGCCGAGCAGCAGAAGAGAGAAUCGAAAGUCGCUGCUGAAAAGUCGAAGCUAAAAGUGAAGGGCAUUGGUAGACGCUCGUUUGACAGCGGCAGACCCGCUUCAGCCGGGAAAGGGCCCUGGGACUCUCCUGCUGCUGACGGCAAUUCCAAAAGCGGGAGGCUCGGCGACGGAAGGUCCAGCGAUGGGAGGUCCGGCGAUGGAAGGUCGGGCGAUGGGAGGUUCGGCAGCAGCAGCGCGGUUCUGCAUGAGAGAGGGAAAUGCCGGCAGUUCUCCCCGGUCCAGCUCACCCGAGCCACCGACAACUGGGCGGCGGAGAACAGGCUCGGCCGAGGCUCGUUCGGCACGGUGUACAAGGGACGGCUGCUAGGCUGCAUGGUGGCAGUGAAACGCCUGGAAGGCGGCGGGUGGCAGGGCAGUGCAGAGUAUAGAAUGGAGGUGGAGGUGCUGUCUCGGAUGCGGCACCCGCACAUAGUGCUGCUUAUGGGUCACUGCCCUGAUGAGAUGAGCCUAGUGUAUGAGUACUUGCCUGGAGGGAGCUUGCAGGAUUGUCUUGAUGUGAUUGCUGCUGGGAACAGCAAGGGUGGUGGUGUGGGAGGUGUGGGUGGUGCGGGUGGUGCGGGUGGUGCGGUUGGUGCGGGUGGUGUGGGUGGUGUGGGUGUUGCUAGUGUGGGUGGAGGGAGUGGGGGAGGGGGGAGCGGCCGGGGUGGGAGGAAACCGUUGACUUGGUUUGACCGGGUGAGAAUCUUAUCUGAGGUGGCAGGUGCGCUGAUGUACCUUCACCAGAAUGACCCGCCCAUCGCGCAUCGCGACUUAAAGCCCGACAACAUUCUCCUCGACACAAGCCUCUCUUCUAAAGUGGCCGACGUGGGCCUCGCGCGGUUACUCAGCGACGUGGAAAAUGUAACCGCGCGGGUGAGAGGCACAGUGGGGUAUAUAGACCCAGAGGAGCUGGAGACUUGUGAGAUUUCAGUGUUAUCAGAUGUGUAUGCGUUUGGGCUGAUUGCCCUGCAGCUGCUGCUGGGAGAGCCGAAUGUGAAGGAGUUGCAUAAGAGGAUGGGGAAGAUACAGGAGUGGAUAGGGAGGAGCAUGGGUGGGGUAGGGUUGGGAGGAGUGGGCGUGCGUGGUGGUGGGUUUCAGUCAGUUGAGAUGGAUAAUCUGGUGGUGGCUGGUCCUGAAGCUUCUCAGAACCAGCCUUGUCAUGCCCUCCUCUCGUUCCCACACCCGCCACCCAAUCCUCCCAACGUCCAGGAGCGCCUGACAGACCCAGUGGUGCAGCAGACAGCUACACAUAAGAUCUCUAAUCCACUUACCUCAUUCGUCUUCCCUUUCCUCUGUUCGCACCUCGUCCCUUUGCAGAAGCGCAUGACAGAUCCGGUGGCGGCAGCGGACGGGUUCACUUACGAGCGCAGCAGCAUCGAACACUGGCUGCUCUCCAACUCUUUCUUGCUUGAUUUGACCUCAAAGCUUCUUACUCCCCAUGUGCCCAAUCCCCCUCCCCCCUCACAGAAGCGCAUGACAGACCCGGUGGUGGCAGCGGACGGGUUCACAUACGAGCGCAGCAGCAUCGAGCGCUGGCUGCUCUCCAACUCUGUCUCGCCGCGCACUGGCCAGCCCCUCCCCCACAAACACCUCACGCCCAACCACACACUCAAGCUGCUGCUGCACAGCCAUUAG